AUGCCGGCGCAGACGCGCGCGCGCGGGCAGCCGCAAGCCGACAAGGACCUUGUCAAGACGUACAGAUCCGGGCCCGCAGAGCCGAAGCAGCAGCUCUUCCCCCACCGCAGGCGCCACGUCAAGACCUAUGGGCGUCACGCUCGCAGUAAGGUCCUCCCGGACCAGGGCACCCUGACGCAGAUGGACUUUGUAUCCUUGCCCCCGGGAGAAGAGGCAGGCUUGAGGAGUGACGACGACGCAGAAGAGCCAGAGGGGGAGGUAAUCGAGCUGCAGCCUCUGGUCGUCGCCAAGAAGCCCGCCAAGAAGAAGAGGGAGGAGAGUGUGGCCGGCCGCUCGAGCCGGAGGAGGACUAUGGGCGAUGUCGAGGUUGAGCUGGUCUCGGGAACAUCCUCCAGAAGCAAGCGCCGCAAGACCAUGGGCGAUCCUCCGAGCGCCUCGAGCAGCUUCCACACCCAGACACUCACCCAGCUCCUCCCCAAGAUCAGCGAGCAUGGAGAUGACUGGAAGAUUGCCGAUUCCGACGUCGAAGAGGAUGAGGACCUGGAUCUCGGCUUGGUCAAGGAGACGCCCAAGAAGCCAGCACUGCCAUCUGCAGGUCCCACAACCGUUACUCCUUCGAACAGACGCAUCAAGCUGGAAAUCCCCUCCUCACAGUCCCCAGCCACACCUCUGUUGUUACGGCGCUACAGUCCGGCAAAGCAACCUUCUCCUCUGAAGGACAGAUCCACCAACGCAGCCCCUCCACUCGCAGUCCCAAAGAGCGUGCAGAAGACGCCGCGGGAGAUGGUCAUCCAGGAUUCCUACAGCACGCUCCACAGCUCUCCCGUUACUCCCAACCCAAAGGCCAAGCAGGCCGUGGCUGCUCAGGUGACCCCUGCCAAGCGACUUCGUUUCGAGCUGCCUGAGGACAAGGAGAACAUCACGCCGGGCCGGACCAAACCAAAGUCGCCCAAGCCCAAGCCUGCCAAGGUUCCCAGCAGGCGACCGCUGUGCGAGGUCCCCGAUUCGGACGAAGAACUCGAUACCACGGAGGACGAGGUCGAGGAUGAGGCCGAGAACGAUGAGGCGCAGGAGACGGCGUCCGAGCAGGAUGCUGACGAUUUUGUCAUCCCCGCCGACGAGGACGACGAGGCCGACGGGCGCUACGCGGUGGGGGACGAGACGCAGGCUGCAUUGGUAUCAUCCGAUCACCAGUCCAACCACGAGCUGGGCGGAGAUGAAUCGCAGUCGUCCCCGAGACUACCGGGCGAGAAUGCAGGCCAGGCGAUACCAGAUGUCAGCGAACACGGCUCGAAAACUACAUCGACCGUCGAGGGGCCCGAGGACGACGAUGUGGUGGAGCAGACUCCAGUAUCUACACCCAGCCGACGGCGGGUGGCAGAAGAUGCCUCUGCAACCCAAGGCGAACUAUACACGCAGGGCUACACCCAAGGCCUGGAGAGCCAGCGUGUACCCUUGGACACUGUUCGUGCCACGGGACCGAUCGCCAUGAACUCGGACAUCAUCAUCUCGGUCUACCACCAGCACGUUGAGAACAUGGUGGCGCACGCCAAAACCCACGAGUUCCGAGCCUACAGGUUCCCCGAGUCGGCAAGCCGAGUUUGGAUCUACACGACCAAGCCACUCAGCGAGCUCAAAUACAUGUGCAUCCUCGGCCCGCCGCAGAAGCCCGGUGAGAUUCAUGAAAACGGCACCGGCAACGCCGAGUUCAACCGGGGUUCGACAAAGUCCCAGUUCGCCUAUGAGAUUCUGCAGAUGUUCGAACUCAAUAAUCCCGUGUCAUACGAAGUUUUGAAACAGAAUGGCUGGCCUGCUGCGCCCCAGCGAUUUCAAUACGUGCCUCCUGCCAUCGUGGGCCAGCUCACGUCCAAUCUCCGUUGCGCCUUGUGGGACGAGGAAGCCGAGCAAGGCGUGGUACGGAGCAGCCCCGUCGUCACCGAGUCCCAGGAGCUAGCAGAGCAGAUCCGGAGCGACAUCGACCAUGCAACUCAGCGAGGGUCUUCAGAGCACCGGGACGUUGUCCCCUCCAGCCAGUCCCCUCCCAAGCCUGCAUCCGACAGAACACCACGUCCUCUCUUCGCCAGGCCGGCGCUUCCCAACUCGCAUUCAGCCUCGUCCACCCGCUCCACUCGGGUCUCGCAAAGCCAAAGGAGUCGAGGCGGUUUCGUGCGUCCGUCCCAGGCGACGACGGUGAGCCAGAUAUCAUCAUCGAGCCCGCCACGUUCACCCGAGAAGUCUGUCCCACUGCCUUCCAAUGGAGGCAAUCGGUCGGAUCCGCCACAGGUUCUGAGCACCAGCAGCCCCACGAUUGAUCGGCGAGGCAACAACUCCUUGCCGUCAUCACAGUUCCCCACCAGAAGCCAGUUGCUGCCGGACAGCUUGUUGAACGAUGAUAUACAGGAGCCGCCGCCCAUCAUUUGGGACUCGGCGGACGAAGAGUCGGAAUGA